GCCGCUUUGGUUGGCUUCUGUAGGAUUUUUUUUCCCGUUAAUAUUGAGUGUAAGUGUUGGUUCAUUUGAACAUAAAGAGUAAAUUCCCCAUCUGAUAUAAAAAGUGUUGAACAAAGCUGAUGCAGAAUUAAACUCAAGUUAACUGGGUCCAUUUGUGAUGUAAAUUCACAGCAGCUCAUGUUUGUUUUAAGGAUGAGAAAUGCAAGAAACCACAUGCUGUGGCAUGAAGCAGCAUAAAUUAAGGAAGUUAAAGUCUCAUUAGUUACAGGAAGUAGAACUAUUGUGACUUAAAAGCUCCAGUUCAGAAUUAAGCAGAGAAAGGCGAUGAAGCAGAGAGAAACAUGGAGGAAAAUCAUUAACAUAACCUUAGACCUCCAGGGGCUGCGAGUGAAAAUCAGCAACAUGAGGUUGAGCUGGAAAAUGAUGCUUCCUACGCCUCCAUCAGCUUCACCAAGAAAUCCAGCAACAGCACGAUAACCUGUUUAGUAGUUCAUGAUUUAAACGUGUUUUCUUGUGUUUUAUAAGAAAUGCAAAGAAACCACAGGCUGUGGCAUGAAGCAGCUUAAAUUAAGGAAGUUAAAGUCUCACUAGUUACAGGAAGUAGAACUAUUGUGACUUAAAAGCUCCAGUUCAGAGUUACACAGGAAGCAGAGAGAGGCGAUGAAGCAGAGAGAAACAUGGAGGAAUCUAGAUGGAGGAAAAUGUUGGUAUUUUUCAUCCUGUUGUUGCAGUUUACAGGAGCUCUAAGCAGAAAUGAAGACCUCUUCCUCUUCUUCACUGUCAAAGCUGGAGACGAUGUCACUUUGCCUUGUAAAAAUGUGGCUGCAGGUCACAGGAACUGUGACACUACCACCUGGAUCUACAGUAAAUUAGGACAAACAUCUGUAGAGUUAAUUAAUCUUGGACAGGUUAAACAAACCACAUCAGACAGACUGAGUGUUUCUGCAGACUGUUCUCUGGUUCUUAAGAAAGUCACAGCUGAGGAUGUUGGUCAGUACACCUGCAGACAGUUUAUAUCAGGAACACAGUCAGGUCCAGAUGCUGGAGUUCAUCUUUCUCUUGUUAAAUUGACAGAACAUCAGAACCAGGACAGAGUGACAUUAAACUGCUCUGUGUUGACAGAUGAACAAUGUAAACACACAGUGAAGUGGUUGUUUAAAGGGAAAGAUGUGGAUAAAGAUAACCAAGAGUUAAAAGAAUCAUCAUCUUCCUGCUCUGCUGCUCUCAACUUCCAGACAUCUCAUUACACUUUCACAUCAAGGUUUAACUGGUUCAGCUGUGAAGUGAAGACAAGAUAUGAUAAGGUGCAGCUUUUUAACUUCAGCUCUCGUUCAUCAGACAAAGAAAAAACAACGGUCACACCAUCAGGUACACCUAAACUAGAAGAAACACCAGACAACAAAUCCAAAGAUUUGCUGUGGUUGUACAUCACUCUGCCUCUGGUUCUAGUGGCCUUGGUAACAGCUGUUGUCUUCGUCCUGUUAAAGAAAUCUAAAGGCAACAAAACUGAGAAAAAUUCCAGUGAUGCUCCAACCCUUAGACCUCCAGGGGCUGCAAGUGAAAAUCAGCAACAUGAGGUUGAGCUAGAAAAUGAUGCUUCCUACGCCUCCAUCAGCUUCACCAAGAACUCCAGCAACAGCACGGAUAAACAUAAGGAUGAAUUCGAUACUGUGACAUACAGCACUGUGAAAGCUUCAUCCCCAGAUCCCAGCAGCCUCUAUGCUUCCAUCAAAUAGAAAAACAAACCAGACGUCCUCAAAUAAUGAGAGAAGGUGCUGAAUGCUACAUAUGUUAUUACAGGUGUGCAUUGUAGAGAAAAUGUGAAAAAAAUUCCUCAUUAUUUAUUUGGAUAAUUUCAUGAAAGAAAAAAAAUUAAGACGCCUUUUACCUGUUGAGCUGUGCUGCUGAUAAUUGUACAAGCUUCGCAUUGAUGUUUUUACUAAAUAAAUGCAAAUUUCCAUUUUUACUUUUAA